AUGCUGCUGUGUCUAAGUCUGAGUCUGAGUAAAGUCAAAGAGGCUCUACAGCCUCACUUGGGAGUCAGCGUAACCAACAACCCAGUCCCGGGAAAUGAGUAUGUUGGCACGCGUAGAGGUGAUAGUAGAGAAAAAAAAAACCAAGACUGGUCGAAGCGCGUACCGUGCCGUACUACGGUUAGUUGCUCAAGCGUAGAUCUCCAGAGCAACAGUUUGCCUCUAGGAUGGAACUGGGGAGAGCCUGGGUUCAGAAGCGACAAGGACAGGCCAAAGGAAGAUGGAGUCGGUAAAGCCGGAAGAGAAGUGAAAAGAUGA